AUGAGAGAAAUAGUCUCGGCGAGCAGUGUUUACAAGGGGCCUCAAAGAAUGGAAUCCGAAAUGGAGACACGAGAACUUGUUAUUGUGCAGCCAGAAUCACCAUUGGAGUUUGAGAAAUCACCUCAUGAUACCGAACCGACAUCUUCGUCGAAUUUCGGAACCACAUGUAUAGGUAUAAAGACAAUACAACAGAAUACUCAUUCUCAAAAUGAUCCUUCGACAGGAAUUCCGUCAAUUGGUGGGCAGAUGUCUACUGAGCAAGAGUUGGAAACAAACGGUAGUGUAAUUACGGAUAAGUUUCAGGAUGGAAAAUUGAGCGAAAACUUUGGUGAACAGACGGAACGCAAACACUUUUCAGAAAGGGAAAUAACCUACAACUUGGUUUUGCGGAAGUUGGUUGAUGGCUUCAUGGACCGAUCAGUGACUUAUUCUCAUCAGCCGAAGUCGUUACUUCACACUUUGUGCUCAACCUUGGCACGAAACUUCCCCGAACUAGGAGAUGCCUAUCAUCGUGAGAGAAUCUGUGCUUAUCUGAAGGCGUGCCGGAGAAAUGCGAAAAAGAAACAUGGAGAGCCGUAUGUCCGGAUGAGUGCCCGAUAUCUCAGUGCCGGAACGGCUGCCAGAUUAGCUGAAGAGAUCUACUUAAAGGAGAAAGAUUAUCUAUUAAACGGACAAAGAUCACUGGAAGAUUCAGUGUCUUAUCAGUUUCACACCCCUCCUAAUUCCACUGAGAGAGGGGAAAUCGAAGCCAGCAAACCGAGUGACGAGGCGACAUCGAUCAAUGGAGGUACACCUGUAACCCUUCAAUCACUGAAUACCCCGAGUUUGUGCUUCCAAUCUCCGUUGGACAGUGUGAGUCCCAUACUGAUACCACUACCUUCGUCAGUUCCAAUGGCAUCGUUGCCUGCUAUUGUUGCUACCACACCUCUGAUCAGACGCGAGGUCGAGCUGAAUGAAGUCACAGCGCCUGGAUGUGAUGAAGCGGAUGGAACCAGUCGUCCCUUGUCGGAGAGUUCCAAGCAACCUUAUAUGCAGUGUGUUCCAUUAGGUGAAUUUGUAAUGUUAACAAAACUUGCUGAAGCGGUUAUCUCCAAAUCACUCUUCAAACCUCGACACCCAAUCUGUCUAGCUGCCUUCAGCGUCCGCACUCUGAAGAAAGCAGGACAACAAGCUGCUCUUGCUCUCACACUGGACUCGCUUGGCAUUGGUGUGUGCUGUGUCCCAGGAACACGAAUUCAACAUACAAGCUCAGUGACUGAGCUAACUGCUACGCCAGUCUCCAUUCGCUUCCGGCUGCGCACCUCUGGUGAUCCGGAGGUUUCUGUGGCGGGAUGUGCAGGGGUUGGUACCGUGAUAAGUCACCGGGCGGAAGUAUCCUUGCUUGACUGGAUACCUGUUGAUAGUCACCUCUGUGAGGUUCGUCUGGUAACGUCUGUGAAGGAGUUUUAA